CUUCAAGCUAUUUAUACAUAUUGAGACAGCCCAGCUCCUUAUCGACUGUAUUUAUCGGCUUCUUUGAAGUUCAUCAUAUUUCAACAAAAGAAAAUAACACGCGCCAAGACCUGGGCCUUCGUCGCGUGCGAGUCUCGUUGAAACUUAGCGAAGGGCCAGGUUAUUGAGUCUAUCCUUCGGUCUUAAUUUCUGCUGAAGCCCACACGGUGUGGCUCCGUAAUGCAAUUGCGAUGAUAUAGGGAGAACCAGCAAGUUGUUCGAGACCUGUAUCUAUUUGAAUUAUACGCGUGACGACACAAGCGCUUGCAUCCUAUCGACUCAAAUAGGGGCCUCCAAUUGCCGAGGCGAGGUCACCAGCGAUGACCACCUCAGAUAGCGGUCAUGCCUCAGAAGGCAUUGUUAAAGAUGUGGGAGAUAGAGAGGUCCAGCCGAAGUCUAGAACCACAAAUACCUUCCGAUGGACGCUCGGAUUGGUGGUGCGGCUUUGUAUUUGGUAUAUACUGCUCGCCCCAAUUUUCCGAUGCCCGGCUCAAUUUUCGGAUUUGAACGAGUCCUCUCUGCGAGUCUGCAAGCCGUAUCUCGUCGCCCGCUCUUAUGUUGAGCCUCACGUUCUUCCAUACUACAACACCUACGGCGCGCCUUACUAUGAGAAAGCCCGUCCGUAUGUGGUGGUACUCAACGAAAAGGUUUAUACCCCUGCCGCGAAUGUCGCUAAGUUUAGCUACGAUAAAUAUGGCGCACCUGCUUUGGACCAGGCUCAUGCGUAUGGAUCCAAGCAGUGGGAAAAGCAAGUUGCCCCUCUUCUACAGUCCGCAAAAGAUGGUGCGAGCGAGCUGUAUAACGCUGAGGUAGCACCUCAACUCCGAAGAGUCACGGCAGUGGUGUCGCCAUACUAUCAGAAGGCAAACUCCGCCUUUGAGUCGACAUGUGUUGGCUAUAUUCAGCCGUUCCUGGCUCGGACAAGACCCUUUAUUGGAAAAACAUAUACAUCUGGUCAAGAUGUUCUAACUACCACGGUCAUGCCCUACGCUCAAACGUCAUGGUCAUCCAUUGUCUAUUUUUUGAACAGCUGGCUCUGGCCACAAGUUACCGGUCUUUACUCGGAGAAUGUUGAACCUCAAUUAGUUAAAAUCGGGCAGAGACUAGCCAGCUAUCGUGAAGGAAAGCAGCUGCGAAAUGUUGUGGAUGAGGUUGACAACUCUCCGGAACAACAGGUUAAUGUUGUUCCUACGUCACAAGAAGCCAGCAAAACCGAAUAUUCUUCCACAAGUUCUACAACGGUAGUUUCAUCUGCAUCUCGCGCAUUGUCCCCUACAGAAUUGGCAGCACAAACUCGCGAGAAGAUCGAGUCAGACCUGCGGACCUGGCAGGAAAAGUUUUCUGUGGCUGCUGAUAAAGGUAUUGAAGAUCUUGAAGAGCGCCUAUAUGAACUCGUUGGGGGUUAUGUAAAUGGCGGCGCGAAGAAUCAUGGGGAGAGUCUUGUAACGGCUCUAGAAGCUGCUGUGGAACACGAACUCUCGACUAUCAAGCUUCGUAUAGGCGAUCUGACUGAGGCUUUGCCUAGUGAAUAUUCUCCUGCGGAGCAAACGGCGCAAAGUGAGCUUCUUAAGGACAUCAGACAAGCCGCAGUCGUCAUUAGGGAUCGCGCUCAUGCUAUCCGAGAAUGGCACAGUUCAUUUGAUCAGGAGUUAGUGCACCGUGUCUUUGCAACAGUAAAUUCUACCCUAGAUGUGCUUGACAGUGUGCGUGACCUGGGGCUCCAGGAAAUAGGAAUGCGCUGGGCUUGGAUGGAUGGUGUUACCUACAAAGAUUGGGCCAGGUAUCAUGCACUGAAAGCACAGUUUGAAGAUUGGAAGGAUAAAUUCCGGGAGGUCGGCAUGCGUCAUCCAAAAUUGGAAGAUGCCAGGGCACUCUCAGAUGAUAUCUUAUCUCGUGGAAUGGAUACCGCCGAAGCUGCCGCGAAAGAACUUGCCAGGCUGAAAGAUGUCGGUAGAUGGAAGAUUGCGGCCCGAGAAGUAAGUGACAACUUCGAUACUAGGUCUGGCUCUCCACCUCCACGACCGAUGCCUAGUGAACCCGCUUUCCAAGAGCAUACCUCAGAUGCAGACUCUGCAAAUCACGAAGCUUCAGUACGCCAUGAAGCAGACAACGCUAGCUCGGCGGCACAGGGUACUGCGGAGUCCGAAGACCAAGCGCUGGGUCUUGACGAUGCACCUCUAGAACAUGAACAGGCCACUUCGGAGGGCGGGGAAUCUUCGAGCGAAAAACUAGAGCCUUCUGAAGCUCGUGCGGAAUCCGAUGGCCAUACAGAGACCGGUCCACUCACAGCGCAGGAAGCUGAUAGGGAGGAAGACACCCCGAGAUCAACUUGGGGUGUAGCUGCAGCUGAAGCUAUACAAGGCGUGCAAGAAUUUGAGGAAGCGCCAGAGAAUAUUUACAGUGCUUUAAAUAGUGCUCGUGAAAACUAUGCGGAUGUUGAAAGGUCAGCUAGAGAGGGCUCAUCUCGGUCGUUUAAGCAGGCGGCUCACGAGCAACUUGAUGAUACUCAAAACCUUCAUAAGCCGCAAGCGCCAAGCUCCUCGAGCAUUCAUUACGAAGCUAUUGAAAAUCUUGUCUCCGAGCUACUCGCUGGGAAAGAUCCUUCUUUCGCUCAGGACGUGAUGGACAAAUUACACGCUAUUUAUGGAAACUCACACACCGCGUUCGAACCACAAAGAGAUAUUGUAGCAAACGAUAAGACCGCUUCCAUUCCAUCCUCAUCGGCUACAAGCCCCGUUGGUGAAGACCCCGUGAAGGAUAGCUAUGAACAACCUGACGUUGCUACUCCUGUUGCAGAGUCUACGAUUAACAGUGCUGUUUACACCCCAAGUGAGCCUCCUUUUCCAUUGGAAAGUACACAGGAACAGGAGGAAAACGACUUGAUUCUGGACGCCACCGAGACUGCUGCAUAUCGUAUGCAGAACUCGGAUGACAGCCUUGAAGAGACACCUGCUAAGGACGAUCUAUGAACCCAAGCCCCAUCUGGAUUGGAGAAAUAUAUGGUUCGGUUCAAAGCGAUACACUCAUGAAUGAUAUCCUUCAUUUUUGUUCCUUCCCACUAGCUCAUAUCCUAUCAGAUUGAUCAUGACCUUACUUAUUCCCCACAUAGUUUUCUGCGAGUAUGUUUUGGUAUAUUAUAAUGCUGCUUUCUUGUGUUUGCGUGUACUGCUAAAGCCUAAUGAUUGUUGUAUAAACUAGCGCACCCGUGGUUUUGUAAGUCUAUAUGUGUGCACGUCAUUAUCGUACAUUUAUGGAAAACGUAAUUCAACACAUUCUUCAUACUAUUUCUGUCCAACAUGUGAAGAUAUCGUACCCAAUUUGC